AUGUCAUCAUCUUUCUCUCUUUCAUUGGAAAAUUUUUCCAUGCUCAUAACCAUGGUUUCCCAUCCUCUUCUAAUUACCCUCCCUUUAUUGGCAAUUCUACAGGCUAGAAUUUGUGCGGCCAAUGUCUCUAUGUACUCUUUUCCUUGCUCACAAGACAUCAAGAAAUGUGAUGCCUUGUUAUAUCACAUCAAUUCCGGUCUGAAGGAAGAGCAAAUUGCCUCCUAUUACUCUGUUGACCAAUCCACCUUCCGCCCCAUUUCCCAUGGUAACAGCCAGGAUUACUUUAUACCUGUCCCUUGUUCUUGUGAAGACAUCGGUAAUGGCACCAGAGGAUACUUCUACGACGCAUCCUAUACAGUGCAAGAAAACGACACGUUUGCGGAAGUUUCAGCUCGUAUUUACAAUGGACAAGCUCUAGAAGUUGGAGGAGAAGAAAGGAAUUUUAUCACAGGAAACAAAGUAUCUAUGCAUCUGUUAUGCGGAUGCCUAGAAAGUCACCCUGAAACCGUAGUAACGUAUACAGUUCAGCGGGGCGAUGCAUUAGCAGAUAUUGCUUCUCUGCUGUCUGCUAACCUAAAUGAUGUACAGAGGUUGAACGGCGAUCUUACCCGAAACCCGGAUGUCAUAUUUGCGGGUUCUGUGCUAUAUGUGCCUAUGGAAAAUGAUGAAAUUCCAGCUCCCAAGAAAGGGCGAAGAGUUAAGUGGACAAUUAUUAUUGUCAUAUUAUCAGCACUAACGGUACUUUCAACGAUUGCAUUGCUGAUCAUUCUCAUACGGAGGAAAAAAGCUCAACAAAUUAACGAGGAAGAUCCGAAACCAUCCAAAAGCCUGAGUGCCAGAGCAUUUUCCUUGCAGAAUCAGUUGCUGUACACGGAAAACAAAGAAGAUGUAACAGCUUUUGAAUCAGAGAGACCAGUGAUAUACAGCCUGGAGGAGAUUGAAGAGGCUACAAGUUAUUUUGAUGAAACUAAGAAAAUUGGAACCGGGGGAUACGGAUGUGUGUAUUUUGGAAUACUAGCAGAGCAGGAACGACUUUUCUUUGUUGCAAUAAAGAAGAUGAAAUCUAACAAAUCCAAAGAGUUCUUUGCUGAACUCAAGGUCUUAUGCAAGAUCCAUCACAUCAAUGUGGUAGAGCUAUUGGGAUUUGCUAGUGGGGAUGACCACCUCUACUUGGUUUAUGAGUAUGUCCAGAAUGGAUCGCUCAAUGAUCAUCUCCAUGAUCCCUUACUGAAAGGACACCAGCCGCUCUCCUGGACAGCAAGAACACAAAUUGCACUUGAUGCUGCAAAAGGCAUUGAAUACAUUCAUGACCACACAAAAGCACGGUAUGUGCACAGGGAUAUAAAGACCAGUAACAUUCUACUCGAUAAGGGGUUGCGAGCAAAGGUGGCAGAUUUUGGAUUAGUAAAGCUAGUUGAGCGAACUAAUGAAGAAGAUCUCAUAGCUACACGAUUGGUUGGAACUCCAGGCUACCUUCCCCCUGAAUCGGUGAUGGAGCUGCAAGUGACCCCCAAAACUGAUGUGUUCGCAUUUGGGGUGGUCCUGGCGGAGCUGAUAACAGGUCAACGUGCACUAGUUCGUGACAACAGGGAGCCAAGCAAAAUGAAAUCACUAAUUACAGUGGUUAAUAAGAUCUUCAAAGAAGACGACUCGGAAUCGGCUUUAGAAGAAGUUAUAGAUCGAAAUCUUAGAGGCCGCUAUCCUAUGGAGGAUGUAUACAAGAUGGCUGAACUAGCAGAGUGGUGCUUGAGUGAUGAGGCAGUUAACAGACCAGAAAUGAGAGAAAUUGUUGUAACACUUUCUCAGAUCGUGAUGUCCUCGGUAGAGUGGGAGGCAUCACUCGGAGGGAGUAGCCAAGUUUUCAGUGGGCUAUUCAAUGGAAGAUGAAAGCAGUCCAAUGUAGAAAUAUCUUGUGUGUACUAUGGGGCAAUUUACAUUAAACAUGCCAACAAUAGAAUAACAAAUAUAUAGCUGGU